GGUAUUUCUUCAUUUUUAUUUCGCUUAUUCAACUUCACAACAGCACAGGUAUAGAUACACGGUGAUGGGAGGCAAUGAACCACCAAAAAACGCCGCCUGUACAGAUGGCAUGCCGCACGAUCAUGUAGAUGGCGGUGAGGAUGAUCUAGAAUACGGUAAGCAACUCCAUACUGAGACCACUCUUAAACCUCUUAUCCCAUCGGCCGCACGAGUGGAGGUGCAUCCGUUGGUGCUGCUCUCCCUUGUUGAUCACCACGCUCGUAUGAACAGCAAAGCCAUCCAUGAAAAGCGUGUAGUGGGUCUUCUUCUGGGCCGUCACAAACGGAACUCGGACAACAUUCAGACUCUGGACAUCAACAACAGUUUCGCUGUUCCCUUUGACGAGGAUGCCAACAAUCCAGAAGUUUGGUUCUUUGACACCAAUUACGCAGAGGAAAUGUUCGCCAUGUAUCGUCGCGUGCUGCCGCGGAUCAAAAUUGUCGGGUGGUACUCCUCCGGCCCCACCGUCCAGCCCAACGAUAUGCUGCUUCAUCUGCUCGUGGCGGACCGCUUCUGUCCGAAUCCGGUAUAUUGCGUGGUCAAGACUGAUCCCAAUAACAAGGGCGUGCCGGUAUUGGCCUACACCACGGUACAAGGCCGCGAGGGCACACGAUCCUUAGAGUUCCGUAAUAUCCCCACCCACCUUGGUGCGGAGGAAGCUGAGGAGAUCGGCAUUGAGCACCUUCUGCGCGACCUGACUGACUCCACGAUCACCACCCUGUCAACCAAAAUUCAGGAGCGCGAGCUGUCGCUGGCGCACCUGUGCGACAUUCUGCAACAGAUCGAUGAAUACCUCAGUGAUGUGACCAAAGGGACGCUGCCGAUCUGUGAGGAUGUGCUGGAGGUGCUGCAGAAGGCGAUUAGCCUGCAGCCCGAAAUAUACCUCCACAAAACCUCGACUGAGAUGAUUCGUCAUACAAACGAUAGGGCCCUCUCGACCUUUUUGGCAGAUAUCGCUCGCUGUGUGGGGGCACUUCACGAAGUAAUUGUUAAUCGACGUAACAUCGCUCGUGAGUUGAAGGAAAUUAAAGCCUCCCGUGCCCGCGUGGGAGAACAGAAACUGGAGAAUGAGAGGGAAAAGGAAUCCGACGCCGCAAAGGAGGCAACCUCUAGACAAAGCUAGCGGGGUAGAAGUUGGCAAUUACAUGAGCAGAAUGCAAAUACACCAGCUAGCCUUCCUACUAUGAUUUUCCCUCAUUUUUCAGUGUUGUUUGUUAAUUAUCGUGGAUUUGCGUUAUCUUUAGGGUUUUGCUCUUUUUUAAUUUUGCUGCAGAACUUUAUAAACUCCUUAGAAAGCAUUCUAAGAAAAAUGAUGAGGGAGAAGGAAGAAAUUUUCUGGUCUAGCAGGUUGACUGUAAAAGAAAAUACAACGUGAUUUUUCUCUAUAAAUGUUAUUCAAUGAAAAA